AUGGAGUCGUUCAAGACCUUCAAAAAUCGAAAGGGGCCAAGAAGUGUUAUACAUUUUAUGGUUUUAUAUUUUAACAAUUGUUGCAUACAUGGCUUUCGCUACCUCACCAGAGCAAUGCUUAUGUUCUUUGAAAAAUUCCUUUGGUUCACCUUGCUGGUUGUCUCAAUAUAUUUCUGUAUCGUUGUAUGCUUAUCAUCUAUUGAUCGAUACUAUACGAAAAGCACACAUAUCGGUUUGGAGCGAAAUUAUAUCUUCUGGAAUACCACAUUACCGAGUCUAACAGUGUGCCCAAUGGAUCGCCUCAACAUUAGCAUUUUCGCUGAUUAUUGUCGGAAAAACGGCAUUAAGGGAACACAAAAGGAUAUUUUUUGGGACUUCCUUGAAAACCUGGCCAACUCUACUUAUAUUAAUUUUCAAAACAUUCCCGAGAGCGAUCAGAUCGAUCAAGUGAUUAAGGACAUAGGCCUGAAGCCGGAGAACUACAUGGAGUUAAUUUACAAUCUCACCUAUGAUAAAACCUACGAGCCAAACAUCAAUGAGCGCAUCCGGUGUGUGGAUGGUUCGACUUACAUUCAUGUGCGGCAGGUUCUCACUGAGUGGGGAUUGUGCUAUUUGGGAAACUCCAUGCUAACCGACCAGUACAGCUCCAGAUACUAUAUAUUUGGAGAGACCCCGGAGCCCAACAAAUACGAGGAGGAACUUUCCCUAAUUCAAUGUCAAAUUGGUUCGUUUUUUCAAAGGGACACGCAAUUCACAUUAAGGGGCUUUUCGGGCCCGGCAAUAAUAGCUUUCGCCCAUUCUGCAUUCGAAGUGAGUAAGGUGGACUCCAAUUCCAAUUACGCUGAAGACGGUGUAAUGUACGAUUUGAGCACUGAAGAGAUUGUGGCUGAGGAUAACCUGGAACAUGAAACCACAAUUGCAAUGAGAAAAUGCCGGUUUUCCCACGAAUCCAAUCUGACCCAUUAUCCGUUCUAUUCGAGAAAUAUUUGUCAGCAAGAGUGCCGUAUUAACUUGGCAUAUCGAAUAUGUAAAUGCAUUCCCCACUUUUACCCAAAUCGCAUCGAAAAUCCCAAAAAGGUGUGCGAUUAUAAAACUUUAAGAUCGUGCUUUCCUCGCCACGCAAAAUAUUUUCUCAAGCUGUACGAGGAAAAUGCUAAAGAAGACAAGCACUCUGGAUGUUAUUGCGAACAGAACUGCCUAGAUGCUGUGGUUACAAUCAAAUCUAUAGAUCCAAUGGCAAAUGCCAAACAUUUACUGCAAGGUAUUGGAAGUCAGCUAACAGUCAAAACUUGGCCACAGACUCGUCUAAAGCGCCAAGUUAUAUUUUCAAUGACCGAUCUCUUGGUUUCAAUCGGUGGAACAGCCGGACUUUUUCUCGGAUUUAGUGUUUUGGGCUUUGUUGAAGUUUUAUACUUCUUCACAAUAAGAUUAAUCUGGCAAAUAUUAGGUUACACCCUUUAAAGCAAGGCAAACAUUAACUAAUAUUCUAAAUGCUCAAUCUU